AUGGCCGAACCACUAAGCGUCGGGUCCAUCCUGGCCGGCAUGGCGGAGGCCUUGCCUACACACCCUACCGGAGAUGAUUCUUCUGAUCUUGCAUCGUCCUAUGAAGCUAUUGCACUUCUCAUCCAUGCAUACCUCGCCGCCCUCGGCUUCAAGCUCCACGGCUUCGACGAAGACAAGAAACUACCUGAAUGCGAGUCCCUCGCCCCCCGACUCCCACAACAAUGGAACUCGGGCUUUGGCUCCCUGAGCUUCGUGUACACUCACAAGCAGUCUUCUAUGAAGUUUGUCGUCCGCGUCGAUCGCAUGGGCGGCAAGGUCGAGAUCCGGGGCUUGGCUGUUGGGGACGAGCACAUCUACCGCUUUGAGCGCAGCGUUAGAGACGUUGUGCAGUCUAGUGGUCUCCCUGUGCGUAUUACUGUAAAUGACGGCGAGGAGGAUCGGAGUGACCUUGCGGAGAAGCUUCGUGGGGUGUUUGUCUCUGAGCAGGCCAUCGUCGACAUCCUCCACGAUCUCAAAGUAAACAUCGUCCAAAAGCUCAUCCCAAAACUCCAGAGCGAAGGCUACGUCGAGACAGCCGAGGCAGAAGCCAACGCCCGCUCCGAGCGACGCGCCCAAGAGGCCCGAGACCCCAACCGGCCGUUCCGGGGCGACCCCGCGCCGAAUAUGGACGUGCGUCCUCCGCCAGCCAACCCGCUCCCGGAGAUGGCCCGCAUGGAGCCCCGCCCUGUCGCCGACUUCCCGCCCCCGGGCUUUGAGGACGAAUAUGAGGUUAACCGACCCCGGCGCAACCCUCUCGCCGUGCCUGGACGCUCGCCGUACAACAUCGGCCACGAUGAUCUGAACCCACCUGGUCUGGGCCCUCAUGAUCCUCUUCGUGGGUCUUUUAUCGGUGGAGGACUACCCCGCCCAGGUGGCGGUUCAGGCAUGCAUCCAACCUUUGAUGAUCCUCUUUUUGGUGGCUAUGGAGGCGAUGGCUCUGGCGGCUACGAUCCUCAAGCACCACCUGGUGCGCGAUGGGAUCCCACUGGUCCCGGUGGCAACCCAAGAUUCCCUGGCCCUGGAGGUAGAGGAAACAAUCCAUACGGUGGUGGCUUCGGUGGAGGAUUUGGUGGAGGAGAUAUCAUCUAA